AUGGACUGGACGCUAUGGAAAACGGUUGAAAAUCUCACGAUAAGAAACAUGGUGAUAAGCACUAAUAAAUUGAGGACAUUGUUACGAACGAUUCCAAAAUUAAAAACACUGGAAUUGAUAUUGAGGAACGACACGGAAGAAUUAUUACAAGAACUCGUGGAUUCUCAUCAAAAUUUAGAAGUACUCAAAUUGGAUCGUUGCUAUCGUUCGACUCUACAAAUGAACAUACUCUCUCAAACUGUGACAUCCGUUUUGGAAUAUUGUCCCAAAUUGAAAACCGUCAUGAUGACGGACACGUAUUUUCACAGUAAAAGUUUUUAUCAAUGUUUGGCGAGAAAAUUUAGAGAUAUCGAAAGGAUAAGCGUGUCGUGCACGACGAAAUCCGAAAUGGAUAUUUUUAUGGAAAAUUUAAAACAAAACGUUUCCGAUGUGGAAUUUCAAAAGGUUCCAAUGAUGGGAAGAGCGGAAAAUAAACAAAUUUAUUGGGGUCCCAUAUUGGGUCUCGUCAUACGACCCAUACCCACAUCGCCUUUUCACCGACAGUAUAAUCACAAUAAUUAUCCAACUUACGCUUUUUAA